CAUUUCAUUCAACAGAAAAACAUCGGUGAUCGUAGUAGAACCUUGUUUCUGUUAAAAUUCGGAUAAAAUUGUAGUCCGAAUAUAUUUAAACGUUUUAGAACAAUUUGUGACACCUAGAAAGUUUAUAUUUUAUUGUUUAAUUAUGAGUGAAGUGCGACAAAGGCGAGGUGACGGCGACGGAACCGAAAAAGUGGAGACGGCUGGCGAAUCUGAUCAUGUGGAUUCAGAAGAAGAAAAAGUAUUGGAGGAGAAGUAUGUAGAUGAACUAGCAAAAUCUCUGCCCCAAGGAACGGAUAAAACCACAGAAAUUUUUGAUUCUGCGCUCUCCGGACUCUCGACGCGAUGGAGAAACUGGGUGAUUCGGGGAAUUUUUACAUGGCUAAUGAUUGGUGGCUUUUGCUUACUUAUUUAUGGUGGUCCCUUGGCUCUGAUGAUUACGGUUUUGUGUGUGCAAGUGAAAUGCUUUGAAGAGAUCAUCAAUAUUGGACAUGCUGUGUAUCGAGUACAUGGUUUGCCAUGGUUCCGAUCGCUGUCCUGGUACUUCCUGCUCUCUUCAAACUACUUCUUCUAUGGAGAGAGCCUAAUUGACUAUUUUGGAGUUGUUAUUAACAGAACUGAUUACCUACAUUUCCUGGUGACAUACCAUCGGUUUAUUUCCUUCUGUCUGUACUGCGUUGGAUUUGUCUGGUUCGUCCUGUCCCUGGUGAAACGGUACUAUAUGCGCCAGUUCAGUCUUUUCGCCUGGACUCACGUCGCUCUGCUGAUCGUUGUGACUCAAAGCUAUCUCAUCAUUCAGAAUAUUUUUGAGGGUCUGAUAUGGUUCAUUGUACCAGUAUCUAUGAUAAUCUGCAAUGACGUGAUGGCUUAUAUCUUUGGGUUCUUCUUUGGGAAGACGCCGCUCAUCAAACUCAGCCCCAAAAAGACCUGGGAGGGAUUUAUUGGCGGCGGAGUGUCCACUGUAGCAUUUGGUCUUCUGCUAUCGUACCUAAUAUCCCAAUACCCAUAUCUGGUAUGUCCCAUUGAAUACUCGGAGUCUUUGGGCCGUAUGACGAUGGAUUGUGAGCCCUCAUCUCUAUUCCGUCUGCACGAGUACACUCCGCCUGACUGUCUUCUGCCGCUCGUGAGAUUACUCGGCCAUGAUACGAUCACAAUGUACCCAUUCAUGAUUCACUCGCUGUCUCUCAGCAUCUUCAGCUCUGUCAUCGGACCUUUUGGUGGAUUUUUCGCAUCUGGAUUCAAGCGAGCGUUCAAGAUAAAGGACUUUGGUGACGUCAUUCCCGGUCAUGGCGGUAUAAUGGAUCGCUUCGACUGUCAGUUCCUCAUGGCGACGUUCGUCAACGUAUACAUCACGAGCUUCAUACGCACCGCUACGCCACAGAAAUUGUUACAACAGGUGUACAACAUGAAACCAGAACAGCAGCUGCAACUCUUCUAUGCUCUGAAGGAAUCGCUUGAACAUAGGAACAUACUAAAUGCUAUACCUUAAAAGGUAGAUUUUGGUUGGGUAGUUUCACUAUUUUAAUAUUUUUAAAUGGUUUAAAUUUGACACGUGUACGAUCGCAAAACUGUUAGUUAAAUAACUUUAAAUUUCACAUACAAGUAGUCAAUACUAUAACUGUUAUACUCAUUAUAGUUAGUUGGAAAGAGGUUAAAGUUAAUUACAGUUUAAAUGAUUACUCUAUAUAUUAAAUUAUGUCAAAUUGGAACGCGUUAAUUAUAAUUAACUUAUUUAGAAAUAUCGAUAGUCAAUGAGUUAUGCAAUUUUUUUUUUAAAUUUUAUACUAUGCGUAUACGUAUAGUAUAAAACGCGUAUACGUUUGUACGUACAUCAUACUAAAAUGUUUUUAUUUUUUAUAUUACCAUUGUCUUCAACAUUCUGAGACCCUUUGGUAGAUAUAUUUUUCGUUAGUUAUAUUUAUAGAUUAGAAAAAUUAUUGUUGAUUCUGUUGUGAAACUACCCUAAAGGUAUAACAUAUCUACGUUGUCAGAUUUUUUGUUUCAGUGCUAACAUUACUUUUUUAUUUUAUUGAUCUCAAUUUAUGUACAGAUUAUGAGAGAUAGAAAGAUCUUUAGAGAAAACAACACUACUAAAACUCAAUCUUAUUUU